CAAACCAACUGGACACUUGAAUUCUGAAAUAUUGUACCACCCUAUACAAUACCACAGAAUGCUAUGUUUGUUUGUGAAGUGAACGUUUGAAGUUUGAACUUAACCUCAAAAGUUUCAUUCAAAAUAUUUUUUUUUUUUCUUUCUAUUUUGUUGCUAAUUUAACGUGAUUGCUUAAUAGCUGAAAAGUAAACGAUGGAAAUAUCGUUCACAGGAAAAAGGGCGCUAGUUUCAGGAAUCGGUCGAGCCAUUGCAAUUCAACUUUCAAAAUGCGGAGCCGAAGUAAUUGCACUCGGCAGAAAUAAAGACGAUUUAGAUUCUCUGGCUAGGGAAGGGAAAUCGAUUAAAGUAAUUUCGGUAGAUUUAGCCGAUUGGGAGUUGACACGAAAGACUUUAGGGAAUAUCGGUGAUGUAGAUUUGCUAGUGAAUAAUGCCGGGUUUAACAUUUUAGAGCCGAUGAUUAAUGUUACCGAAAGUCACAUCGAUCAAUUGUUCGCAGUUAACUAUAAGAGUGUCGUAAAUUUAACUCAGAUCGUUACAGAAAGUCUGCUGAGGCGGAAAGUGGGCGGUUCGGUUGUCGUAGUCUCAUCGCAAGCGUCGUUUAGGGGGAUCCAAGAUCACGCGAUUUAUUGCAGUACUAAAGCCGCUCUCGAUGCGUUCGUUAAAGUAUGCGCUUUGGAACUUGGCCCGCAUAAUAUUCGCGUAAAUUGCGUUAAUCCUACCGUUGUGUUAACAGAGUUAGGUCAGAAGGCUUGGUCGGAUCCUGCCAAAGCAGUUCCAAUGAAAGCAAAAAUUCCAUUAAACAGGUUUGCAGAAGUAAGUGAUGUAGUCGAUGCUGUUUUGUUUUUAUUGAGCGACAAAGCCAGUAUGAUUACGGGAACAUGCCUACCUGUUGAUGGAGGAACCCUAGCAGCUUUAUAACUUUUUCUUAUUUGGGUCAACUAUGAAAUUAAAGAAUCAAUUGAUAUUGGGUAGGCACUGAUUGUUGCCUUUACUAUACUAUAAACUACCACGGGUUAUCUCUGGUAUUUUUUAAUUGUAAGAUUUAUUGGGUAGGUAUUCAACAACAAAGUAAAAAAUAAACAAGAUUUCUAAUUAU